AUGCCUGCAGAAUUCUACUCACGCUUCUUGGUGCAUCGAUUUGCCAUGAUCGACGUCAUCAUGUCUCUCUUGCGACGUCGAAAGCCCAUCGCACCCGCACCUUUCAUCUUGUAUCAGCAGCAUGAGGAAGCUGAUAUUCAUGGGCCACCUUUCCGCGAGCUCACUGACUGCCCUCAGUCUGUACUUUCCUUUUUGGUAAAGAUAUCGAUAUUGGCUAGCGAUGCUGAGUUGGAGAACGAUGAUCGGUUCGCUGGAGCGUAUCAACUCGAAACGACUAUGCGAGACUCUCCUUGUCUGUCUGAGACGUCGUCGCAAGAUGACCAUCUAAGUACGCUCAAUGCAUACUUUUACUGA